GACGUCACUGCCGCCGCUGCCUGGCGCGGGGCGCGGGACGCAGGGGGGCGAGCGGCGGCUCCGUGAGGGCUCCGGGCGGCGGCGGCUCCGUGAGGGCUCCGGCGGCGGCUGCGGCAUGUUUCAGACCUUGUACAGCUAUUUUUGGUGGGAACGGCUCUGGCUCCCGGCAAACCUCACCUGGGCUGACCUGGAGGACCGGGAUGGGCGAGUCUAUGCCAAAGCCUCUGACCUGUACAUCACCCUCCCCUUGGCCUUCCUCUUCCUCGUUGUCCGGCACCUCUUUGAGACGUACGUGGCCACCCCCCUGGGGCUCCUGAACGUCAAGGAGAAGGUGCGGUUAAAAGCCACCCCCAACGCGGUGCUGGAGAAGUUUUAUGCUGCCACCAGCAAACACCCCAAGCAGGCCGACGUGGAGAUGCUCUCCAAGAAGAGCGGCUGCACCGUGCGCCAGGUCGAGCGCUGGUUCCGCCGCCGCCGCAACCAGGACCGGCCCAGCCUGCUCAAGAAAUUCAGGGAGGCCAGUUGGAGAUUCACCUUUUACCUUAUUGCUUUCAUUGCUGGCAUGGCUGUCAUAGUGGAUAAACCUUGGUUCUACGACCUCCGGGAGGUGUGGAAGGGAUACCCCAUCCAGAGCGUGCUGCCCUCCCAGUACUGGUACUACAUGAUCGAGCUCUCCUUCUACUGGUCCCUGCUCUUCAGCAUCGCCUCCGACGUCAAGCGCAAGGACUUCAAAGAGCAAAUCAUCCACCACGUUGCCACCAUCAUCCUCAUCAGCUUCUCCUGGUUUGCCAACUACGUCCGUGCCGGGACGCUCAUCAUGGCCGUGCACGACUCCUCCGAUUAUCUGCUGGAGUCUGCCAAAAUGUUUAACUACGCCGGGUGGAGGAACACCUGCAACAACAUCUUCAUCGUCUUUGCUGCCGUCUUCAUCAUCACCCGCCUGGUCAUUCUGCCCUUCUGGAUCAUGCACUGCACGAUGGUUUAUCCGCUGGAUCUCUACCCUGCCUUCUUUGGCUACUACUUCUUCAACUUCAUGAUGGUGGUGCUGCAGUCGCUGCACAUCUUCUGGGCCUACCUCAUCAUCCGCAUGGCCCAGAAGUUCAUAACUGGAAAGGUGGUGGAGGACGAGCGGAGUGACCGUGAGGAGACGGACAACUCUGAGGAGGAGGAGGAGGUGGCCAAGAACGGGCCCCUCUCCAAUGGCCACCCUGUCCUCAACAACAACCACCGCAAAACCGACUGAGCGCCCCGGACCCGAGAGCUGCCACCUCCUGCCACCGGCCCGGCCCCUCCGGCCGCUCCACACCGGGACCCCGGAGCGCCCGCCGGGCCCCGCCCCUGCUACGGAGCGGGGCCGCAGCUCUGCCUCACACUCACCGCUGGUGCCCUUCCACCUCUCACCUGCUGCCUUAAUCCACUGCGGCUCCCCGGCCAGGCGGGGACCCCUCCGGGAUGGCUCCAUCCCUCCGGGGCGGUUCCUUCCCGCCCCGCAGCCCCUCGGAUUGGCUCUGGCCAAAGAGCUCGGCCCCAGCCCCUUGCCGGGCUCUGUGUUAUUCCAAUUUUCCCAACCAUUCCUUCACCGGGGGAGGGGGGAAAAAAUCCCCCUUUUCCUGAGCUGUAUCCGGCUGGAAAAGCCGGCUCAGCCCCUGCUCCACCGAACUGGGAGGGAGGAGCAGGGAAUUCCUGGGUGUUUCAGUGCCUAAAUGAUGGGAUGACACUAUGGAAGUACUUGGGGGAAGGAAGCUGCGGGGUUGAGUCACUCCUUGUGUCUCACACAGUUUAAUCCUCUCAUUUCUCUUCGGUAAAUGGAUUUUUGAGUCUCUCCCUCUCCGUGGCCUCUCCCAGCUGUAACAGGACAAAUUUCCAACUUGAUUUUUUUUUCCUUUUCUUUCUAUUUAUUUGGAAGACAGAAGGAGCCGGGCUUGGCUCUGUCUCCUGCAUCCUUUGGGAUGCUGUGAGACCUCCCAGCACGGAGGGGUGGGGGGGGAAAAGGACCAUUAACCAAUGUCAGACCAAAACGUGUUUUGUUGUUCUUGUUUUUUUUUGGUUUUUUUUUUUUUUUAAUAAAUAAAAGGUUAAAUAUAUUAAAAGUUAAAAAAACUAAUAAAC